AUGGUUGAGAGCAUGGACUUGGAGAAGAAAGAGAAGCGUUACUGCAUCCGUGGUAAGCAUGCAGUCAUCAUCUGUGUGACGGUGGUGGUUUGCUCUGUGGCGGUGGGCCUCGGGGUUGGCCUCACUAGGUCACACACCACCACCACUCUCCCGCCAGCCCCCACAGAAGAGCCCACCACUCCCCCUACACCAGACAGAGGACCAUGCUUGCCUUCCACUGACUCCAAUGGGGACUGGAAGAAUUUCCGUCUGCCAGACUUCGUGAAGCCGGUCCACUAUGACCUGCACCUGGAGCCGGACAUGGACGAAGACACCUACACAGGCACGGUGGACAUCCAAGUGGAAGUCCACAAACCUACCCGCCACCUGUGGCUCCACAUUCGGGAGACGUUUGUCAGCGCCAUGCCCAGGCUGAAGAUGCUGAACAGCCAGGGGAACCAGAGGGCGGUGGCAGUGAAGAGCUGCUUUGAAUACAAGCCUCAGGAGUAUGUAGUGGUGGAGGCCACAGAGGAGCUGCCCGCCACCGGCCCAGGAGAGGUGUACGUGCUCAGCCUGGACUUCCAGGGCUGGCUCAACGGCUCUGUGGUGGGAUUCUACAGGGUCAUCUACAUCGAGGAGGGGGUCACCAAAAAGAUUGCUGCGACUGACCAUGAGCCAACAGAUGCUCGCAAGUCCUUUCCCUGCUUCGAUGAACCCAACAAGAAGGCCACCUACAAAGUCUCCAUCACUCAUGAUGCUAAAUAUGGAGCUCUGUCCAACAUGCCGGUAGAGGGAGCCCCUCAAACCCUGGCUAACAAUAAAGAGAAGACCUCCUUCCAGAAGUCCAUUCCAAUGAGUACCUAUUUGGUAUGUUUUGCUGUGCACCAGUUUGAGUAUGUGACUAGAACUUCUGCCCAUGGAAUUCCUUUGAGAAUCUACGCCCAGCCAAGUCAGCUAGCAACCGCAGAGUAUGCAGCCGACACAACCAAGGUCAUCUUUGACUACUUCGAGGAAUAUUUCAACAUGAGCUACUCUAUCUCAAAACUGGAUAAGAUAGCGAUCCCUGACUUUGGUACUGGUGCCAUGGAGAACUGGGGCCUUAUCACCUACCGUGAGACCAACCUGCUCUACGAUGAGAAACAGUCAUCCUCUGAGAACAAGCAGAGAGUGGCCAGUGUCAUCGCCCAUGAGCUGGUUCACCAGUGGUUUGGGAACAUUGUGACUAUGGAUUGGUGGGACGACCUCUGGCUCAACGAGGGCUUUGCCAGUUUCUUUGAGUAUGUCGGUGUGGAGAAAGCUGAACCCACCUGGGGCAUGAGAGACAUCAUGAUCGCCAACGAUGUGCUUCCUGUCAUGGUGGACGACGCCCUCGUCUCCUCUCACCCAAUCAUUGUGAACGUGUCUAACCCAGCAGAGAUCACCUCUGUGUUCGACACCAUCUCGUACAGCAAGGGAGCGUCUAUUCUCAGGAUGCUGGAGGACUGGAUGGGCACAAAAAUGUUCAGAGACGGGUGUCGAAAAUAUUUGAAAGACUACUACUUCGAUAAUGCCAAAACAGCCAACUUCUGGGCAUCUCUCGCCAAUGUGAGUGGGUUGCCGGUUGCAGAGGUAAUGGAUACGUGGACCAAACAGAUGGGUUAUCCUGUGCUGAACCUCACUGUCUCCGAGACGAAUGCCAAGCUAAGCCAAAAGCGUUUCCUCCUGGAUCCUAAAGCGAAUGCAAGCGAGCCUACUUCAACUUUUGGAUACAAGUGGACAAUUCCAGUCAAAUGGCACUCUGUGACAAGUGAUAAGAAUAUGAUGGCGAUGUUUGACAUUAGCAGCCCAGAGCUCAUCAUCAGCGACUACUCGCCCGCAGCCGACGGGCUGCUGAAGGUUAACAAUGAUCACAUUGGAUUCUAUAGAGUCAACCACGACAACGACAUGUGGCACACCAUCAGUCAGCAGCUUCAAAACAACCGCUUGGAGUUUGAUGCAGCUGAUCGGACAAGCUACAUUGAUGAUGCUUUUGCUCUUGCAAGGGCAGACAUUAUAGAUUACGGUACUGCCUUCAACCUCACCAAGUACCUGACAGAGGAGACUGAAUACAUAGUCUGGGACCGCGUGGCCUCCUCUAUCGCCUAUGUGCGGGACAUGCUCUCAGGAAAUGCUGAACUCUACCCAAAGUUUCAGAAACUGUUUCGUGACUAUGUUCAGCCAAUCUCAACAAAACUUGGAUGGGUGGAUGAAGGGACACAGACAGAAAGGUUACUGAGGGAGACGGUGCUCAGCAUCGCUUGUCAGAUGGGAAAUCAGGAUGCUCUGAAUGAAGCCUCACGUAUUUUUGACCAGUGGAUUGAUGGAAGUCUCAGCAGCGUCGCAGUGAACCUGAGGCUGCUGGUCUAUCGAUACGGCAUGAAGAACUCAGGCAAUGAAACAAAGUGGAACAUAAUGUUCCAGAGGUACAAAAACACCUCUUUGGCUCAAGAGAAGGACAAGCUGCUGUACGGACUGGCGUCUGUGGAGAACGUGGCGCUCCUCUACAAGCUCCUGGAGGCGGCUAAAAAUGAAAGCGUGGUGAGGAGUCAGGAUGUGUUCACUUUGGUGCGAUACGUGUCCUAUAACCCACUGGGGCAGAGCAUGGCCUGGGACUGGACCACGCUGAACUGGGACUACCUGGUCAACAGAUACACCAUCAAUGACAGAAACCUUGGUCGCCUACUGAGCACCAUCACCACCAUCUACAACACAGACCUCCAGCUAUGGAAGAUGGAGCAUUUCUUCGGUAAAACACCAGAUGCUGGUGCUGGGGUGAUGCCCAGGCAGCAGGCGCUGGAAACAGUGAAGAACAACAUCGAGUGGAUCAGGAGAAAUGAAAACGAGAUCAGAGUGUGGCUGGAGAGCAAUGUUGCCUAAAAACUGCACCGCUGCACAACACCGCCGGGAUACGGAUACUGUUAAUAAUGCACACGAUAAGACAGUUAGACCGGGGUUAUAAUGACUAUCCUGUCUAUGUAAUGUAAAUGAACUCUGACAGUUAGAUUCAUAUUGUGUUAUAUACAUGGUGUACUGUGGUUUUGCAGCUGCCCAUUUCCUCUCAUUGAUUCCCCUCCUUGUACUUUAAACCUUUUUAUUAUGAAUUAUUAUUUUUGUAAAAAUUUAACUUAUGAAGGAAA